AUGUGGAGCAUUCCAGAAGACAAAGCGCUAGGUUUGGAUGGUUUCAAUAGUGGUUUUUACAAGGCUGCAUGGAAAAUUGUUGGAACAGAUGUUGUGAAAGCAGUUCAGGACUUUGCCAAUGGCACUCUCCUGAAAUCUUGGAAUACAACAGCUAUAACCCUUAUUCCAAAGGAAACUCUGACAUGUACUGGCUUCCAUAUAAGCCCCAUGCAAGGAGCUUUUAUUGAAGGAAAAAGCAUUCUCCACAACAUCCUCCUAUAUUACGAUUUCCAUCAUGAUAUGCUGAUUGCGCUCAAUUUCCCAAGGAAGUUCACAGAGAGAGUCAUGGCGUGUGUCACUUCUACUCAGUAUUCCUUGGUUAUCAAUGGCAGCCCCUUACCCACAUUCCAAGCAAAACGAGGAGUUAGACAAGGAGCCCUAAUGUCCCCCUUUUCGUAA